CUCAUAACGCAACAUGACUCUUUGACCUUUUCAUCAUUGGGCCCACACUGGGGAUGGCACGCCAGAAGUUGGUUGAGAAAUGGGAGGGGGCGGAAGAAAUCCAAUUGAACACAGUGCUGGAUCUACGACUUUCAGACACUACGGUCUAUAGGUUCGGGCGAUUGGUCAUUACUUCGGUCCGUUUACACGAUGUCGGGCUUGUCGGAGCUAAAGAGCCAAUCCCUGCGCCGUCUGAGCCCGCGAGCGAUACUGAAGCCUUACAGCUUGCAUCAGAGCUCACUAACCUGGGGCUUCCUACCUCGUUUGGAAAGAAGGGAGGAAACGCCUACCGCGACGGAAGGCGACCAGCGGCCUCAACCUUCAACUCGACACGCUUCGCCCAGAAGGGGAAUCGUCAAUCCCGGAACCAAAAGGUCGUUGGUGGUGGCGCGGUCAACGGGAGUGCUGGUGUUGCCGACGGUGUCCCCAGUGGUGGUGAUACGCCGUGGGUGCAGUGCUACGACGAGCAAUAUGGGUGUCACUACUACUACAACACCCUCACACAGGAGUCGGUUUGGGAGGCUCCUGCCGAGGGGUACGUGCCUUGGGACGCGUCUACAGAUGCGGUCAUGGAGGUGGAGACAGGCACGAGCUGCAGCGCCCAGGAUGCGGGUGCGUGCGAAGCAGUAGCAGUAGGAGAGUCACAUGGAGCGGAGUGGACGGGAAGCGCGGCAGAGUCAUCCGGAGCUGCCACCGAGCCCCAAAGCACCAGCGCUGCUGCCACCGCUCGGGCAGCAGCGCCGCUAUCCGCUCGCCAGCCUCCCCGCAUGCUGACAGAGGAGGAUUUGCUGCGCUCCAUGGGGCUCUGGCAAGAUGCCACCGGAGGUGCCGAGAAGGACCAGGCAAGCCGCUCAAGCGCGUCCUGCGCCGCCGCCGCAGUCAUGGUCGACGUAAGUAGCGGAAAUCCUACGAUCCAGGUUGUGGAGGAAGGAGUGGAGAAGUCGGGCAGGCAAGGUGCUGAGGCAGGCGUCAGUGAGCCAGAUGGCGCCAAGGGGGCUUUCCUGCGGGACCUCCUGCGCAAUCCAGCUUCACAGCAGCCGGUAUCGCCGCAGCUGCAGCCGCAGCAGCGUUCCCUUCCCGCAACCGCCUUGUCUGAGGACCAGCUGUUGGCCAUGCUGGGAGCUGCCGUUCCCUCUCUGGAGCAGUCCAUGCCGCCUCCUCCUCCUGCCCCCUUGCUGCCGGCACCAAGUCCCCCACCGCCGCUGCCGGUGCCGGCGCCAGCUCCCAGCAAGCCGGCCCCAGCCCGCAUGCUCACAGAGGACGACAUCCUGCGCAGCAUGGGUCUUCUCCCUGGUCCCUCGGAGCCGCAGCAGCAGCCGCAAGCAGCAAAGGAUGGAUCGCUGCAUCCGCAUUCCCAUGCAGCCGCCUCCGCGCCCUGCAACUCCUCUAGUUCCAGCAGCACGCCUCCAGCAUCGCGACCUGCGGCGGCUGCGCCGGCUCCUCCACCCGGUUUUGCCGGCCCCAAGGCGCAGGCGGCGCAAGCGCAGCCUCAGACGGCUGUCGGCAGUGCCCAGCCGGGCAGCAGCGCCCAGCAGCUGCAGGGCGUGCCGCCAAGCAGCCCACUGGAACCCCAGCCAAACGCCAGUCAUCCGCACCAGCACCCUCAAGGGCACCACGCUGCUGAGUUGCCGCUGCACCCCUACCCGCGCCCACCACCGCCGCCAGAGCAGCUGCUGUCUGCAGCCCCUCCCAUGCCACUGACACCGCCAGGGCCGCACCCGCACCACGUCGCCGGGCCGUACCACCAGCCGCCGGGCACGCCCAUGAGCGAUCCCGCAACGCCGCGCCCUGGUCCGCCGCCCGGCUUCCCUGGCUACCCGCACCCUCCCCACAGCCUGCCGCAUGGGCCGCAGCACGGUUACCCCCCCUUCCCAGGCUCCGGUCAUCCCGCAGGUAGCCCCACUCACCCCGCCGCAGCCUCCCGGCCGCCGCCUGGGUUUGAGCCCUCCCUCCUGCCGCCCCAUCCGCCUCACAUGUGGCCUCAUGGCGCGCCGCCAGCUCCAGGAGGCGCCUACGGCCUGCCGCCAUCCCCUAUGGGGCGCCCACCCAUGCCCAUGCCACCGCCGCCUCCUGGCUUUGGAAUGGGGCCACCCGUAGGACUGCCUAUGCCGUACGGCAUGUCGCCUCCCUAUCCCCAUGACCCUCAUCAUCAUCACCCGUACCCGCCUUAUGGGCCGCCGCCUCCACCCUAUGUUUACGGGCCAUGCCCGAUGCCCCCCGGCGGCGCACCACCGCCGCCGAUGCUGCCCUUUGCUGGUGCGCCCAUGCACCCACCGCAGCCGUACCCAUAUCAGGGCCCAUUUGACGGCCCAGCGCAGCCGCCGUAUCCCCAGUAUUCCCAUGAGCAGCAUCCCCAUGGGUACCUGCCAGGCCAGCAGGGCAACUCCCAGCAGGUGGAACCGCUUCCGGCAUCCGGGCCCGUCGCUGCUGAUCCUGAACGGGCAGAGCUUCCAGUACGGCAGGCUAAUGGGGGGCCGGCAGCGACCGAGGCGUCGGCGUCCAGCAGUAACGGCAGCGCUGCGUGCAAAGCAGGUGCCGCGGAUGCCGGCCGCAAAUCCGUGACCUGGACUUUGGAGGAGCUCGAACGGCAGUUUGAGAGCAUGGCGGUUGCGGCAUCUGCUUGCGAGGCGGCAGCGGAGUUGGGUGUUGACAGCGCCCAGGCAGUGGCGUCUGUGGAGGACGCAAUCCGACAUGACCCGGACGUGGACGAGGGGGCUCUCCCAGGCGCCGAGUUGCGGGGCAGGGGAGGGAAGGCGCAGGGGAGUAGCCGGCAGCGGCAGCGGAGGAACAGCGCAUCACGCGCGGACCGUGGCAAGGCUGCGCAGGGAGCUGCUCAGCCUGCUGACGGUAAUGCGGAGGAUGACGAUGCAUCAUUCUACGAUACCUUUGCGGGGGGCAGCCGGGCUGCGAGGGGGCAGCAGCUGGCACAGGCGCCGAUGCCCGGCCUUAAGCCUGCAGUUGGAGAAGACGACGGUACCCGUCGCGUCACGCUGGACCCCAACACCGCGGCCUACGUGCGCACGCUGCUGCCCCGGAGCGCCGCCAAGUACUGGAUGCAGCGCUACAGCCUCUUCAGCCGCUUCGACAGCGUCGUACAGCUGGACACGGAGGGCUGGUGGUCCGUCACACCGGAGGUGCUCGCAGCGCACCAGGCGGUGCGGUCUCGCGGUCUGAGCACGCGGGGGCUGGUGGCGCUGGACGCGUGCUGCGGGUGUGGAGGCAACGUCAUCCAGAUGGCGCGCGUCUUCCCUGUGGUGAUGGGGGUGGAGAUCUCGGAGCGCAGGGUGGAGAUGGCGCGGCACAAUGCGGGGGUGUACGAGGUGUCCCACAAGUGCCAGUUCCUGUGCGCCGACUUCUUCCAAGUGGCACCCGAACUUAAGGUUGACGUGCUGUUCAUGUCGCCCCCCUGGGGCGGCCCCAAGUACCAGCACGUGAACACUUUUGACGUCUUCUUCCCGCUGGUGGGCUUCAACCAGUCGUUGUUCCGACUGCUGGACACCACCCUGGACUGCGUGCGCGGACAGGAUGGCGUGGUAGCCGCCUUCCUGCCGCGCAACACGGACCUCGCGCAG